CUUAAAACAAGAGAUACAAACUGCCACGUUGAGCUGUGGUUUAGUUUAGUGAAGCAUUCCAUCUUGCAAAAGAAGAGAUACUUGCGACCAGCAGAGUUUGUGUCCAAAAUGUAUGCCUCAAUGCAGGGAAGAUAUAUUGAGCACAUCAUGCAACAGAAUCUUCCAGAGCAGAUUUUGGACAAAGUCAGUACAAGUUCAGGCAAGUCAGAUGAUGACCCUAUUGAACACUGGAACAAGCGAGACAGCUCUGCUGGACGGUCCAAGUCAAAAUCAAAAUACUUCAAUCCACCAAAAAAACUAACUAAAUCCAAGAGCAAGAUGAAGACAGUAACAGUCCAACAGGAUCACCGAGACAAAGACACACAGGUAAGUGAGGGCCUCCUUCAUGUUUUUGCCCACACAUACAGUGUGAUGGACACCAUCUAUUUAAUGAGCCACUAUACAGCAGGUUGUAUUCUGUUUGGUGACAGGGGAAAGCUGCCUCAACAAAGUUUAAAAAAGGUGAACUUCAGCAACUUCAGAGCUGUUCUAUCAUUUGUGCUGGUCAACAAUAACCACUGGAACUUGCUGUACAUACAUGCAGAAACCAGCACAGUGUACCUGGUGGAUCCAGCGCAAAGGACAUCUGAGCUGAAGGCCUCACAAACUGCUGCUAAAAGAAUCCGGGAGUACUUCAUGAUGAGGAGAACAUGUCAUGGAAAAACAGACUGGGUGGAUGUCAAAUGGAAAGAGGGGGUUAUGUCCCAUCCAAUCCAACAAGAUGGAAGCAGCUGUGGUGUGAUUGUUGUCAAGAUGGCAAAAGCCCUGCUAAAGGCUUCCCCAGUGAUCCCUGACAUAGACUUCAGCACCUCCAAAAGAGAAAUGGAGAAGGAGAGGAGAGAUCUGGCUCUUCACAUCCUAGAGGCCUCUGUCUUUGAUGAGCAAAAUUCAUGUGCGAUGUGUGCCACCUUUAAGCCACCAGGACCAGGAACUGCCAUUAUACUAUGGAUACAAUGUGAUGAGUGUGACAGGUGGUUCCACAGCUCAUGUCUGUCCAUGGAAAGUGAAGCAAUCGAGGAUGCCAAAGAGAAAAGCUGGGAAUGUCCCUUAUGCCAAUGACACAAUAAAAUCAUGACACAAGAUCAUA